AUGUCGUCCGGCUUCACAAUAGUCGUCUUCGUGACGCGAAAACACGAACUCUCCCCAGCCGAAUUCCGCGACCACUGGGAAAACAGACACGUCCCUCUCCUUCAGAGACUUGGAGGAGCAUCAUUCCCUCUCAGUCACACCCGGCACUAUCUGCAGCGAGACGAGACCCGUGCAGACUACCCGGUUAGCCCGCUGGUAGGCCACGCGGCCGACUUCACCUACGACGGAUUUGCCAUAGUCAGCUUUGCAAGCAGAGAGGCCUUUCAGGAGUUUCUGCCGGUUAUGACCAGUCCGGAGGUAUUGGAGGACGAAGGGCGGUUCACGGAUCGAGAUAAGAUGAAGGCCGUUGUGCUCGGGGAUAUUAGGGCUACGGCUUAG